AUGGAUGGAAAUCCACUCUUUCCAGGGCAACAAUGCCAAUGCGGCCCUCCACCGCCAAACUGUGAGCGCGGUCCUCCUGGGCCUCCAGGAGAGCCUGGAGAGCCAGGACCCGAUGGCGAAAAUGGCCCGGACGGAAUACCCGGAGUUCCUGGAAUGUCGCGCAUGGCCGAAAUGUUCCCCAUACUGAAGUCGACCUCCUGGAUCUCCUGGCAGGGGACGGACUCUCCUGGGGCGCUUGGUAUUGCUGGACCGCCAGGGCCACCAGGAGACGCCGGAGAGAAUGGAUCAGCAGGGGCACCGGGAGCAGAUGGACAACCAGGUGCUCCUGGCGCCAUGAAUAUGCCUGGGACACCAGGACUGCCUGGACCUCCUGGACCACCAGGACCACCUGGUGCUGUCGGUCAAGCCUGGAGCGAUCCAGACCUGGAGUGCUGGUCCUCCAGGACCCCAGAGCCCAGGACCUUCCUGAAAAAUCGAGGCACUACGGCUACCAUUGGAGUUGGAGGUGGUCCAGGGGCGGAUGGUGCUCCCGGAGCAGAUGCAGCUUACUGUCCUUGCCCACCUCGCACAGGUGCUGGUGGCGAAAAUUCUGGAUAUGGACCUGAUGGAUCAGUAACAACCGCCGUUAAGAAAGAUGUCAAACAGGCGACGAAUUGA